AUGUCGGCGCCUAACGCUGGUCCCCAGGCACCGAGUAGUGCUCACGAUCUGGAGAGCCAGCAUUCCUCUGAGAGAAGUCCGCUCUCGAAUUUUGGCUUCUUGAAGAACCUCGGUCUUGAUAAGAAGCAAACNAAAAGCUCUAGCGGCAGCAUUUCUGGCAGCUAUCGUCAAGAUUCCAGCACUGCCGGCUUCAGUCCUCCUCCCCUUCGCUCUCAGGAUUCCAAGCCCAUGGCUAGCGCCGGUCAAUUGCCCACGCAGCAUCUGGAUUACGAUCAGAUUGGCAUUGAUUUUGUUUUGACUCUCGAACGGCCCUGUAUGGAUCACAUGCAAUACCUCGUGGUCCGCUCACACAAUCCCGAAGGACAGCCCUUCCACCAUCCUAUGGAGAGGCCCGAUGAUACAGAGUAUGAUCACAUGUGCGGCCACGCAUUGAUGGCCACAUGCCCUCCGGCGUCACACAUCAUGAACAAGCCUGGAGACCCAUACGGCCACAGGAUGCCAGAUCUGAAGGCUCCAGAUCUCAUGAAGUUGCUGGACCUCAGCGCCCAACUGCCCCUUGAGGGUGAGCUCACGCCCGUCAUGGCGUGGAUGCUGCUUCUGCAGAACAGCAGGGUCUCUGAGAUGACAGCUCAAGACUUUGAGCUUGUCAAGGCUGACCUUGCUGGAAAGGUCAGAUGCUACNNGGCCGUUCUGGAAGAGUUCGAAGUGCGUGACGCUCUCAGCAAUCUCUUCAUUGCAAAGGAGAACAUGUCGCUUGGCCAGGUCGCCAUGCCUCAACAGAUCGAGGCCUAUUGA